UCGUGAUUACUCAUCGAACCCGCGAGAUUCUGUGCCUUGUCUCUUUCUCCGUGGAAAAUGGAUAAUUGAAUAUGCUGUUUCUAUCUCAGCUGCUUAUUUGCAGUCUACGGGCACUAACAAGCGUUCUUGGCAAUUGGAGAAAGAGAGGAAUCAAAAGGCAAGGAAGAAGGAGCAGAAAAGAAGAAUGACCAGCAGCAGCGUCGGCGGAAAAAUGGCAGCAGCGGCACUGCAGAAGGACGUUCCGUGGAGGGCGUCCCCAACUGGGAAGCCAGUCCCCAAGAUACACCACUCUCCCAUUCUACGUCUACCCCAAAACUCCACCUCCAAUUACGCCCUUGCUGUCAUGAAGCACCCUGAUCCAAUAGGAGGAGGAUUCGCAUUGGAAGCCAAAAUGGAAGCGGCUGGACCUGAAUGCAUUGUCCCCGGUCAGAUUACGCCCAUUCGCUUACUGAGUCUGAAGGUCUGGCCUAUUAAUGUCAACAUGAAAUUUAUGGAACCUGUUGAACGGGAACUUAGGACUAUUGGAAAGUUUAUGGAUUCAGCUUUCAACCUUAUGAAUGCCUCGUUUACAGAUCGUUAAGGCCUUGGUCUCUGAUCAAAUAGGCAAGGGCUACAGGCUCGGUUUGCAUGUCAAAUGAUUUUGUAGAAUGACCUGCAAAUUUUUCAUGUAGCUCCAUCAUGUGGUUCUUAACAUCUCCAUUUCUACCAAGUAUAUAGUUAAGAAGAUAUACUUGGUUUACUAUUCUUGAUCAUGUGACUCAAAUUUUAAUGUCUACACUGAGACUGGUAUAUUUGAUAAGCUGAAUAAAUUGGUUUUGUAAA